UGAUGGAGUCUAAUCCGUACACAUUGAUUACACAACGGUUGCCAUUUUGAGUCAUGCUUCACAAUUAUCGCCCAAAAAAGUGUUUUGUGCAAAAGAAAAGCAAAAGAAAAUUCGACGAUAAAACAAUUGACUGAAAAAUCCAGCAUCCACCAAUCCUGUUCGUUCCCGUUUUGACGAUCUGAUGGCUUCUUUUGUUGACCAAAAUCAAAUCAUCCGUCGAUUGAUUUAUGCCUCUACUGUUCGUCCAUGAAUCCAAAUUCCAUACCCUUGUGUUGCUGUUGCUGUUGAUUGUUGUUCCUCAAAGACUUGCUUCCCAAAUCGCCUCCAUCAUGUCUUCUUCUCUCUUCUCUGCCGUUAUUUUGAUUCUCAUCUCCAUUUCCGUCUCAGUUUCCUCCACAGACUUCGUCUUCAACACCAAUUUCACUUCCACUGAAAUUUUGCUUUUUGGCAACGCCACAAUCGAAUCCUCUGUUCUUAUUCUCACCAAGAACACCCCCUUCACCAUCGGCCGUGCCCUCUACCCUUCUAAAAUCCCGAUCCGUUUCACCGGUUCUUCUUUUUCCUUCGCCACCUCCUUCAUCUUCUCCGUCGUUCCGUACCGGAAUCUGCUCCCCGGCCAUGGUUUCGCCUUUCUCUUCACACCCUCUACUGGAAUCAACGGCACCAGCUCCGCCCAGAAUUUGGGGCUUCUCAAUUUCACGAAUAAUGGCAGCCCCAGUAACCAUGUCUUCGCUGUUGAGUUCGAUUCCUUCCAGAACCAAGAAUUCAACGACACCAACGAUAACCAUGUGGGCGUGGACCUGAAUUCUCUCGUGUCUAUUGUUUCCUCUGCUGCAGGGUUUUGGGGUGGGGAAGAUGAAGAUGAAUUCACGGGUUUGCAGAUUAAUAAUGGAGAUACUUACCAGGUUUGGAUUGAAUGUUUAAAUUCUUUGGUUAAUAUUACAAUGGCUGAAGUGGGGGAGAAAAAACCACGAAGGCCAUUAAUAACCCACUUUGUGAAUUUUUCUGGAUUGCUUCUGGAUGAAAUGUAUGUGGGAUUUACAGCAGCCACAGGGCAAUUAGUUCAAAGUCAUAAGAUAUUAUCUUGGAGUUUCAGUACCACUAAUUUGUCGAUUGCUGAUGCUUUAUUGACAACUGAUUUGCCAUMUUUUGCUCCUCCCAAAACCUCCAUUUUCAAUUCAAAUGCAUUCAUUGUGGGGAUAACUGUGGGUGGUGGUGGGCUUGUAAUUGUCUGCAGCAUUGUAAUCUAUGUUGUAAUUAUCACAAGGAGGGGACGGAAGAAACUAGAGGAAGAAGAAAUUGAAGACUGGGAGUUAGAAUAUUGGCCUCAUCGAUUUACUUAUGGAGAUGUUUGUGAAGCAACUGAUGGGUUCGCAGAAGCCAAUGUGAUUGGUUUUGGGCGCAAUGGGAAGGUCUAUAAAGGGACAUUAGGCAGAUCAAAAGUUGCUGUGAAGAGAAUCUCUGUUGAAGCUGAGUUUGGAAUGAGGGAGUUUGUGGCUGAGAUUUCAAGCUUAGGAAGAUUAAAACACAGAAAUCUAGUAAAGCUUAUAGGAUGGUGUAAGAAAGAAAAAGGAAGCUUAAUCUUAAUGUAUGACUAUAUGGAAAAUGGAAGUUUAGACAAGAAACUAUUCGAGUGCGAAGAAGAGAAUGCAAUUCUGAGUUGGGAGAAGAGGAUGAAGAUUUUAAAAGAUGUAGCCGCAGGGCUGUUAUAUCUGCACCAAGGCUGGGAUUACAAGGUUCUACAUAGAGACAUAAAGACAAACAACGUGUUACUCGACAAGGACAUGAAUGCUCGAUUGGCAGACUUCGGGUUGGCUCGAAUACACCCCCACGAGCACAAGGCGGACACAACUCAAGUGGUGGGAACCGUCGGGUACAUGGCACCAGAGGUGGUUCGAACAGGGCGAGUAUCGACACAAGCCGACGUAUUUGGGUUCGGGGUGUUGGUUUUAGAGGUGGUAUGUGGGAGGAGAGCAACAGAAGAAGGGAAGCCAUGGCUGAUAGAUUGGGUAAGAGGGGUAAUGGAGAAAGGGGAGCUUACAACUGCAGUUGAUGAGAGAUUGAAAGGUGAGAAUGGUGGGAAUGUGAAGAUUGAUGAAGUGGAGAAAAUGGUUUGUUUGGGAUUAUUAUGUGCACAUCCUGAGGCUGGGGCAAGGCCAACUAUGCACCAAAUUGUAAACAUUUUGGAUGACAGAAAGGGAACGGAAAGUGGUUCAAAUGAUGGAUUGUUAAACAGAUUAAGAACAACAAGGCUAUUGUCUGAGAUUUACCAAGGCAAUAAUUUUCAGCAGCAUCCAACGUUUGAAGAAAUCAAAAAUUAUUCCUCUUCAACAUCACUUCCAGAAUCAGAUAUUUUAAAGAGUGGCCGCUGAGCUGACAGAAAUUUUGUCAUUUUCAUGCAAGGAUAAGAGAUGUGGUUUAAUUUUUAUUUAGAUUAUUCAUUGUCUAUACUAUGUUUAAUAGAGUAUCUGAUCAUUAUAGUUAUUUA